ACUGGGUUCAUUUUUGUCUGGCUGUGUCAUUGGUAUGUCAACAAACGAGGAAGUGUAGGGCUGGUUUGCUGAUGUAAAAUCAGUAACAUAAGACUGAGAAAUGGAUCGGUUCGUGUGGUCCAGUGGUUUGCUGGAAAUUAACGAAACUCUGGUGAUCCAGCAGAGAGGCGUCAUACUCUAUGAUGGAGAGGAGAAGGGGAAAAUGGAUCUGGGGACUCUGCUUCUAAGCACACACAGAUUGCUCUGGAGGGACCACAAAAAUCAUGACUGUUGUAUAGCCAUGCCACUGUCACAGAUUGUAUUAUUUGAGGAGCAGGCAGGAGGGAUAGGGAAGAGUGCUAAGAUAGUGGUUCAUCUUCACCCAGCGCCUUCCAACAAAGAACCUGGACCAUACCAAACCAGCAAAUACUCUUACAUAAAACUGUCUUUCAAAGAACAUGGACAGAUUGAGUUUUCUAGGCGAUUAUCAGAAGAGAUGACUCAGAAGAGAUGGGAGCGUAUGCCAGUGUCUCCGCCUAUUAAUUCAAGCACCACUUCACAGGCAGGACGAACGCGGGCAGUUGGAAUUGUGGGUAUCGAGAGGAAACUGGAGGAAAAGCGAAAAGAGAUGGACAAAAACAUUUCAGAGGCAUUUGAAGAUCUCAGCAAGCUUAUGGAAAAGGCAAAGGAAAUGGUGGAAUUAUCCCGGUCUAUAGCUAGCAAAAUCAAGGAUAAGCAAGGUGACAUCACAGAAGAUGAGACUAUCCGAUUCAAGUCCUACCUCUUGAGUAUGGGCAUAGCAAAUCCAGUCACAAGGGAAACCCAUGGGUCUGGAACACAUUACCACAUGCAGUUAGCCAAACAGCUUGGCGAGAUAAUGCUGGCACCACUGGAGGAACAAGGAGGCAUGAUGGCAUUGACAGAAGUGUAUUGUCUUGUCAACCGGGCUCGUGGAAUGGAGUUACUUUCUCCAGAGGAUCUUGUAAAUGCCUGCAAAAUGUUUGAAGCACUUAAACUGCCGUUAAGGUUACGUAUCUUUGACAGCGGAGUUAUGGUGAUUCAGCUACAGUCACACAGCGAAGAAGAAAUUAUUGCUUCUGCUGUAGACAAUGUGUCAGAAAAAGGAUCUCUUACGUCAGAAGAGUUUGCAAAACUUCUGGGGCUUUCUGUUCUUUUAUCAAAAGAAAGGCUGCUUCUUGCUGAGAAAAUGGGUCACCUUUGCAGAGAUGAUUCAGUGGAGGGCUUGAGGUUUUACCCAAACUUGUUCUGACUCAGAGCAGAAGGACUCUUUCAUUUUCAAUACUGUUUUCUGUAUACAUAAACUACAGGACUACCUACAGUUAAAAAAAAAAAAAAAAAAAAAAAAAAAAAAAGCUUCAAAUACCAUGGAUGAAGAACACCUUUGCAUCAUCUUACUACAAUCUGUCAAAGUAAAUACACCUUUGUGACCUGGAGGCACCUCAAAUGUCAAUGCCUUUCAAACAUGUGAAGGUCAAUAGUAACAAUUACGUUAGUGCUGAGGAAUGUUGAUUUGGUACUGCAAAUUACUUCUAGAUUCACACACACCUGAAGUAACUUACCUUUUCUAGAUAUUGUGAACUAAACUGGUAAGCUUGUAUUCACAAACUCUUUCUAGGACAGUUCUCUUAAAUCAUACUGCACACACCAGAAGUGUAAUGGGUGAAUUCAGAUGCAGUCACAUACAGUGUAGCCUGUGUGCCAGCCUUGCUUCUUUGACAUCCUCUCUGGUUAAAUAUGCAGGUAGCUGCUGCUUGAACACACAGCACACAGACAGGUACCCGUGCUAUAUAUAGUGAUCUCUAUUGGCUUUUCAAAAAACAAGCAAAGCCUAUAGAACUGUACAUAGUGUAGCUACUUUGUAGCAUUGUUCGGUUUGAUUCAUAGGUCUCUCUCCCAUACUGCAGAAGAUUACCGCUUUCAUACAUAACCUGCUUUGCUCAUUCAGACCCCUUCCUCAUUACAUGUACCUUGAUAUUCCUAAAUAGGGAACCACAUAUCAAAUUGUGUUAUGUAGUCUUUACCAUGAGAGUAUCGAAGCUUUGCAUUUACGCCGGAACCUGUCUUCCCAUCUACCUUUCAGUCCAGCUGUAUGUCACUCCUAUAUUUGUACAUGCACAUACAGUGGAUGAAGUUUAGAAUACUGAUGGCUCUAGUUUUGCAUCUGUGGCAGGGGGUACAUGUAACAGUGUUAAUAUUUAAUUUACUAACAAAGUUAAAGGAGAAUAACAAAACAGAUGUAAUUACAGAAAGUGUGGCUGUAGCCUAAUAGUAGGGGAAGGAUAAACUACUGCCAUGCUCCUGUGCAGUUCAUCAAUGGAUCCCAAACUUCUAGGAUAUUUGUUGCUAUACCAUGUACAGUAGCUGGGCCUUUUCUGGAGCUCCUUAUGAAGUCCUAGCUUAGUAACAUGAUAAUAUCUGUCCACAAGCUGCGAAUCAAAAUCAGGGUUUCUAGCAGAUGUUUUUACCAGAUUUUAGACAAUCCUGCUAAAGGUGACCUAAAAGACGGUUAACUGCAGGUUGCUGCUGAGGUACAGACUCAUACUAGCACCUCUCUUCCUCAGUGUAUCAGGUCUGUGGCCAUGCAACUUUAAUUUGUCCAGUGAAGAACAGGCCAUUUGCACUAAAGUCUGUGCUUCAGGAGGCAGCUGUUACUCAUUUUAUGUAAAACCCUUACCUCAAUGUUUUAAUGAAACGUCAGAUAUAUUAAAAAAUAAAAAUAAAUAACAUUUUA